AUGGCUCGGAGUUCACCAUUGACCCCGAGCACUCUACCUCCGGAGUGCGUGGAGGAGAUCUUGAAAUAUCUCGACCUCGCCACCCUCAAAGCCUUACGUCUGAGUAGCCGAAAACUCUGUGCGAGAUGCACCGGCCCCCGAUUCAAGACAUUUAUCAGCCAUCAAACGGUUGAACUAUCCAAAUCUGGUCUUCAAUCAUUUCGACAGCUGGCCGUGCACCCUGAACUAGGACCCGCUGCCAAGAAUCUGGAAAUUAUGGCCACAGUCUACGAUCAGACCCGACAGCGGAAAGUUAUAGAUAGAUGGGGGCACAGUUUACCCGAUGGCAGUCCAACCCCCUCAGGUCGCAGCAAAGAAGUGCUCGCUGAAGCCGAAAGCAACUUGGCUUGGCUGGACACUCAGCAACAACGCCAAGAUGAAUUGUCAUAUGACGAAAUAGUCAAGUCUCUGGCCAUUAGCCUCAGACAUAUCGGCCAGCUUGACCGUAUCGGCCUUGACGCUGUCCUGGUCCAGGGCCGUGACGAGACAAGGACCACCGCCAAUUCCCAGGCUAAAUGGUACCCGGUCUGGAUGCGGGCUGCGCGCAUCUACUGCAUCACCAUAGAAGCUAUUGCCCAGAGCGGCAUAGCACCGAAGACUCUAACCGUAUACCAAAAGACACCGCGCUGCAGUGUCCCACUAUAUGACAUUGCUACCAACCGCGCAAUGCGUGAUCUGCCGGGUCUCAAGGAUGCAGGCAAAUCCAUCGAGGAUCUUGCCCUCAGCCUCUCGACCAAGGUCCCAACCGGAGCAACGGAGCAUCCGCCUCGCAUCCCCGUGGCAUGUCAUGAGGUUUCAUCAGCCGUGGCGUCCAUCGCAGGACUCGGCGAAGACCAAGUCCUUGAAGUGGAGGAUUUUGGCGGACUUGCGCGGUUUCUGAGCGUCACGCCGAAUCUCAAAGCACUCGAGAUCCACCUAUACAACACGCUCUUUAAUCCCGUCAUUAUCUACCAAUGGAUGUUCAAAUCCAUCGCAACAGAAACCCGACUCCCCCUACUUCAAAAAUGCAGUCUACGAGGCAUCGCCGCCAGCGGAGACUCCCUACUCCAAUUCCUGUCAAAUCACCCGCAAAUCACCGACCUUACCCUGAACCAAAUAUCCCUCACAUCCGAAGAGACAUGGCAACCCAUCUUCGAACACCUCGUCAGCCGCAAUACCCCACCGCUCAAACGCCUCCACCUCUCGACCCUGAAAUCCUCACACCAAAUGAUCAACCUGCAUCCCACGUGGGAAGAACACUCCAAGGAACUCGAGGAAAACUCCCAGUCGCAGAUUUACUUCGUCCAUACCAAAGAAUUUCGUGCUGACGAGAUCCAGCGCGGGCUGGAGUUUCGACCCAUGCCUGCUGACUGGAUGCAGGGGUCCAGAGGGUCGUAUUCGUGGAUGCAGUCUUUGUAUAGGGAGUAUGGUCCGCCGUGGGAGAGUGACUGGACGGGCGGAGGGAAUGAGGAUUGA